UUAUAUAAAAUCAAACAUGGGAAACAAGCAAUCAGGAUCAAUGUCAAAUCUAGGAAAGAAAGCUCAUAAGAAGUUCAAGAAGACCCUUAGAGAUAUGGAAUAUAAAUAAGAGAAAGAACAAAGAAGAGGUACAGAAAAGAGAAGAUGCUAACCCUUAUACACUUGAGCAACGUAAAGAAAAGGCGGAAAUGAUCAAAACCCAAGGAAAUGAUGAGUUCCUUAAGGGAAAGUAUGAGCUUGCUAUUUCUUUCUACCAGAUAGCUUUGAAGCACAGCGAAUCGUCUAUUAUAUAUUCAAAUAUUGCUAGAUGUCACCUUAAGAUAGCUGAAAGUCUACCUGAAGAUCUUUCAAAGAAUCAAUUGGACAAGUGUAUUGAGAGCUGAGCUCAGUCUCUAUCCCUUGAUCCUGAGAAUAUAAAAGCAAUCAUAAUCAUGGGAGAUUGUAGUAUAAAAUUAGCCCAUCACCAAAUGAAUUCGUUGUUUUUGGAAGAAGCUAUUGAAUAUUAUAACAAGGCUAUUAGAGUCUGUCAGAAUAAGAAGACUCCAAUAAACAUCGUUGAGAUCAAUAAAUAAGAUCAUCAAUGCGCAUAAGGAGAAGCAGAGACUAGACCAAAAUCUUAAGAUCACUCGUUUGCUUGAAUUCAAGCAUAAGAUGGCAAAGAUACUUGAUGACAGGAAGGCAAAGCUCAUGCAGAACAUUCAUGAUUAUGAGGAAUGACAUGAGCUUAUAGAAUUAGCAAAGCAUGAAGAGAAUUUAAUGAUCAGAAUUAAGAAGAAAAUUGACCAGAUUGAAGGCAGAGUAAUGAACUUUGCUAAUCAGUCUAGGUUCAAGAAAAAGAGAGACUAAACCCAGCAAACUUGGAAUGAAUCUUUACUUACGAAGUAAUGAAGGAUCCUGUUGCUACAAUUUCAGGGAAUAGUUACGAAAGAGAGUCUCUGCAACAAUAUAUGCUAAAAGACCCAAGGGAUCCUUUAACAAGACAGCCCAUCAACAGAAACAGUAUUUAUCCGAACAAGACUCUUAAAAGGGCAAUUGAGUACUACAAGCAAUCGAAACUGAUGGAGAACUAGCUUAUACAACCAAAAUUAUCCGAUAUUGUUUAGAAUAAAC